AUGAAGCGCCACAACAUCCCCGUUGUCUUUGCAGGGGCGCUCACAGAGGCGGCCUUCGUCUGCACCGCUCCCACGUUUAACAUGGAGUCCUUCACCACCAAGCAGGCUGGCAAACAACAAGCCUUGCUGCCCGAUUUUGGCAUGCCGAACUUCCCUGAGAUUUGCGAGACCACGGGACAGGAACCUACCGCGCCGCGACAGGCGCUCGUGGCUGCUGGCUCAGUAGCCGCGCGCAGGUCUGAUAAAAAGAACGGCCUGGCUGCGGCUAGCCACGCAGGCUCGAGCACCAUCGCCGCCCUGGUCCACAAUUCCUUCACCGACACCGUCAUGGCCGCCGCGGGCGCCAAAACCAACUCCACGGACCCAAAGGUGCAGGCGUUGGUAGCGGCCGCCCGCGCCCCCGAACCGCCGCCAGAGCCCCUUUGGAAACGGACGCCGUCGCAACGCCUGCUGUCCGCCAUUCGCAUAGAGGACCGCGCCGUCAACGCGAUGGUCUGGGCCCGCGAGGCCCACUCCAACGCCGAGUUCGCGUUGCUGGAAGCUCGCGGGGUCGUCGACAGGGCGCGCGCGGCAGUGGUCAGCGCGGGCAAGGAGAAUCGAAUCGCCAUGGAGGCCCAGCUUCCUACUCUGCCCCGCCUCCGCCAAACGUCGCCUGACAUCGGAGACAGGCGCAGCUGCAGCGGCCAAUGCCGCCCUGACAACGCCUGCCUGAUUAUGCUCGCGUGCCUUGCCCUGGGUGGCGCUGCGCUGCAGCACCGCACGACGAACAUGGCGGAGAUGCCCUGGCACGUGGCCUCGCAGGACGACGCCGCGGAGAACUUCCUGGGCAUCCACUACAUGGGGAAGCGCGCGGGCAAGUACAUGGACGUGCAGAGGAGCAGCGCGCCCCUGCUGGGCCCGACGGCGUGCACGAGCAGGUCCUGCUACGUGCCGCACUCGCUCGACGGCUGCGAGGGCGACCGCGAAGCGGCCGCCAGGAUGAAGGACCAGGCGUGCGGGCCCGUGGCGGCGGCGGGCGCCGCCUCGCCGCGGUCGAUGCUGCAGUCCGUCUACGGCUCGGCGUUCGCCCCCCUCACGGAGCACCAGACGAAGUCCGCGAAGCUGAAGUCCCUCAAGCCAAAAGGGCGCACCAGCCCGCUGGCCACGCUGGACACGCUCCUGGAGACGCGCUCGCACGCGCACGAGUCCUACCCGCAGCGGGCGCCCCAGCCGUCGGUGCCCUGGCACUCGCCCACCACGCUGGGGCCCGUGGCCCGCGGGCCGUGGCGGGGCGAGGCCGAGCGCUCGAUCUACCAGCAGGAGUUCGGCGCCCCGGCCGGGGCACCGCAGCGGCCCCGGUCCACGCCGCUGCCGAGCUCGAGGGGCAGCGUGCGGUCCCGGUGCGCGACGCCGGGCCCCAGCCCGCCGAGGGCGCCCGCGGAGGCCGCGGCGCGCCUGGAGAGGGCGCGCCGGGCGGAGGGCCUGCAGCUGCGGCAGGUGUUCCGGGAGGACACGAGCGCGCCCAGCGGAGCCGCUUCCGCGGCGUCGGGCCGCGCCACCCCGGCGGCGUCCCAGGCCACGCCGCGGUAG